AUGGGAAAGAAGUCCAAGAAGCACCGAAAGCGCGGCGGUGGCGGCAACACCAGCGAAACCCCCACCGCCCGCCCACGCGCGAACGCCGUCCCCGGCCAGGGGAAAGGGGCUGUCGCCGCACCCGAUGUCGUCGAGCGGUGGAACGUGUACUUCAAGCGCGGCGAGCUCGAGGACUGGCGACGCCUGAUGCGAGACCUGGGUUUCGAGGAGGACUUUCCCAGCGUCAACCAGUGUCGAAAGGCGCUGAAGGGAGUUUGGGUGAACAUCCACGACUUCCUCAACGCGGUGAAGAACAACAAGCCGGUUCGUCGCUUCAAGAGCGAGCAUGAGCUCUCGCAGUACACCAUCAAUAAACGGAAGUUCUACCCGAAUAAGGGCAUCCCCAAGGGCAGCCCACUUCGACGACUGAUGGCGCGCAUUAACUGGAACCGGUCAGCUAGAGACGGCCCGGUAGACAUUGUGACGAAUCGGCUUAUGGGAUUGAGCCUUGAAGAGUGA